AUCUGCCAGCAGUAAAUUAUCACAGGGGUGUUCAGGCGAACGUAGCAAUACUUACUUAGUAAGGCGCGUCUAAACUUCAUGGUAGUGUAUUUACUUAGUUCUGUCCGAAGAUCGUGCGAUUCGAAUUAAAAAAAAAUUGCGAAACUAUACACACGCCAAAAUGUUACGUUCGAGAUCUCAAAGCAAUGUCUGGGAACAAGAAGCAAAGUUUGUACAAGACCGAAUAUCGAAUGUGGAAAAACAUUUCGCAGAAUUGUGCACAACAUUCGCGGCGUAUACGAGAAAAGCGGCAAGAUUGCGUGACAAAGGAGACGAGAUAGCAAAAGUUAUUCAGACUUAUGCUCAAUCAGAAACCAUAAAUCGAUCUCUUGCUAACGGAUUGACAAAUUUUUCAGCAACUUUGUCAGUAAUAGGCGAUUAUAGUGAUGCCAAAGUGCAAAGGUUUGAUGCGAAAAUAGUAGCUCCUCUUUCUCAGUAUGCAACGAUUUGCAAACAUGCACGCGAAGACGUAAAAAAUAUAUUUACAGCACGCGAUAAAGAAUUAACGCGGAAAAGGCAUUUGGACAGACUUAGAGAACGAAAUCCUAGAAACCGACAAAUGAUCACUCAAGCUGAGUCCGAGCUAAUGAAAGCUUCCGUUGAGGUCUCAAGAGUCGUAAGAGGCUUGGAAGAACAAAUCGAUUCUUUCGAGAAAAGAAAAUCACACGAUCUAAAAACUAUACUUUUAGAUUUUAUCGUUAUUGAAUUAAGUUUUCACGCGAAAACUCUCGAACUACUGACGAAAGCUUAUCAAGAUAUUGCUGAUAUCGACGAAAGCAAAGAUUUAGAGGACUUUCAUUUAAUGAGAGGAAAUAUAAAUGGGGAAUUUCGCGAAGUGAUGCGCGUGCCCGAUUCCGUCGCGAGAUUAUCUACUGUUGGGCGAACUUCCUUUAGACAAUCCUAUUCUCUUACGAAUUUAGCCAGCCGUUUUAUGGCUUCUCCUAUGAUCUCUCAAAAAUCAUCUAAUCGCAUGGCUGAAUCUACGGAUUCUACAAAAUCCAGUUUAAAGACAAACUCUUCCGAAUCUGUACAAAUUGAAGAAUUUGGAGACAGUUCAGAAGAAACAGAAUCUGAAUCCAUUAAAGAGAAACCUAUUGAAAUACAGGCGAAAAGUGGACCCAAAGAUGGAACGCAGUUUAUAUUUAAAGCAGUACCACCAAUUCCUGCAUAUCAAAAGUUUUUGACAAAAUCUAUGAUCAUUGAACAUAGUUGACGUAAUUGUAUCAUAGUUUUAAUAGUGAAAUGUGCUUGAUUCUAAAAUUCUCAGCUAAAAUUUUAUUUUAAUGAAGAGAGGAAAUAAAAUGUACAUUAAAU